AUGCCAAUGAAAUAUAAACCAGCUGCUGAAGGUAAAGCCAUCACUCCUCCACUUUUAGCUGAAUCACCAGGUAAAAACUCAUUCUUAGGUGAUGUUUUCGUUUCUGAUGAAACUGAUGAUAAGAAAAUGAGUUGUGGUUUCUACAGACAAGAAUCUGGUGAACCAUUAGUCUAUACUUAUACUUAUGAUGAAAUGAAAGUCUUCUUAGAAGUUGAAGGUGAAUACACCAUCACUGAUGAAACCGGUUACAAAGUCACUGUCUCCCCAGGAGAUGUUUUCUUCUUCAACAAAGGUGCUACCAUCACUUUCGAAACCACUGGUUAUGGUUUAGCUUUUUUCACUGGUUUAAGACCAGGUAUGUAA